AUGGGGACACCGGGGUCACGGAACGGGGACAUCGGGGACAAUGGGGUCACUGGGAAAGGGGACAUCGGGGACAACGGCGUCACGAGGGAUGGGGACAUUGGGGUCGCUGGGAACGGGGCCGCUGGGGACAAUGGGGUGACUGGGAACGGGGUCACCGGGAACGGGAUCAUCGGGGUCACUGGGAUCGGGGCCAUUGGGGUCACCGGGAUCGGGAUCAUUGGGGUCAUUGGGAUCGGGGCCAUUGGGGUCACUGGGAUCGGGGCCAUUGGGGUCACCGGGAUCGGGAUCAUUGGGGUCAUUGGGAUCGGGAUCAUUGGGGACACUGGGAUCGGGGCCAUUGGGGUCACUGGGAUUGGGAUCAUUGGGGUCACUGGGAAGGGGAUCAUUGGGGACACCGGGAUUGGGAUCAUUGGGGUCACCAGGAUCGGGGCCAUUGGGGUCACUGGGAUCGGGAUCAUUGGGGUCAUCAGGAAGGGGAUCAUUGGGGUCACUGGGAUCGGGGCCAUUGGGGUCAUUGGGAUUGGGAUCAUUGGGGUCACUGGGAUCGGGGCCAUUGGGGUCACCGGGAUCGGGAUCAUUGGGGUCACUGGGAUCGGGAUCAUUGGGGUCACCGGGAUCGGGAUCAUCGGGGUCACCGGGAAUGGGGCCAUUGGGGUCACUGGGAUCGGGGCCAUUGGGGUCACUGGGAUCGGGAUCAUCGGGGUCACCGGGAUCGGGAUCAUCGGGGUCACCGGGAAUGGGGCCAUUGGGGUCACUGGGAUCGGGAUCAUUGGGGUCACCGGGAAUGGGGCCAUUGGGGUCACCGGGAUCGGGAUCAUUGGGGUCACCGGGAUCGGGAUCAUCGGGGUCACCGGGAAUGGGGCCAUUGGGGUCACUGGGAUCGGGGCCAUUGGGGUCACUGGGAUCGGGAUCAUCGGGGUCACCGGGAUCGGGAUCAUCGGGGUCACCGGGAAUGGGGCCAUUGGGGUCACUGGGAUCGGGAUCAUUGGGGUCACCGGGAAUGGGGCCAUUGGGGUCACCGGGAUCGGGAUCAUUGGGGUCACCGGGAAUGGGGCCAUUGGGGUCACUGGGAUCGGGGCCAUUGGGGUCACUGGGAUCGGGAUCAUCGGGGUCACCGGGAUCGGGAUCAUCGGGGUCACCGGGAUCGGGGCCAUUGGGGUCACCGGGAUCGGGGCCAUUGGGGUCACCGGGAUCGGGAUCAUUGGGGUCACCGGGAACGGGAUCAUUGGGGUCACUGGGAACGGGAUCAUUGGGGUCACCGGGAACGGGAUCAUCGGGGUCACUGGGAACGGGAUCAUUGGGGUCACCGGGAACGGGAUCAUCGGGGUCACCGGGAUCGGGGCCAUUGGGGUCACCGGGAUCGGGAUCAUCGGGGUCACCGGGAUCGGGGCCAUUGGGGUCACCGGGAUCGGGGCCAUUGGGGUCACCGGGAUCGGGAUCAUUGGGGUCACCGGGAACGGGAUCAUUGGGGUCACCGGGAUCGGGGCCAUUGGGGUCAUUGGGAUCGGGAUCAUCGGGGUCACCGGGAUUGGGGCCAUUGGGGUCACCGGGAUCGGGGCCAUUGGGGUCACUGGGAUCGGGGCCAUUGGGGUCACCGGGAUCGGGGCCAUUGGGGUCACUGGGAUCGGGGCCAUUGGGGUCAUUGGGAAGGGGAUCAUUGGGGUCAUUGGGAUCGGGAUCAUUGGGGUCAUCGGGAUCGGGAUCAUUCGGGUCAUCGGGAACGGGAUCAUUGGGGUCACUGGGAUCGGGGCCAUUGGGGUUACCAGGAUCGGGAUCAUGGGGGCCACUGGGAAUGGGAUCAUCGGGGUCAUUGGGAAUGGGAUCAUUGGGGUCAUCAGGAAGGGGAUCAUUGGGGUCACCGGGAAUGGGGCCAUUGGGGUCAUUGGGAUCGGGGCCAUUGGGGUCACCGGGAUCGGGAUCAUUGGGGUCAUUGGGAUCGAGGCCAUUGGGGUCACCGGGAUCGGGAUCAUUGGGGUCACUGGGAUUGGGAUCAUUGGGGUCAUUGGGAUCGGGAUCAUUGGGGUCAUUGGGAUCGGGGCCAUUGGGGUCAUCGGGAAGGGGAUCAUUGGGGUCACUGGGAUCGGGAUCAUUGGGGUCAUCGGGAAGGGGAUCAUUGGGGUCACCGGGAACGGGGCCGUUGGGGUCAUUGGGAUCGGGGCCAUUGGGGUCACUGGGAUCGGGAUCAUCGGGGUCACCGGGAACGGGAUCAUCGGGGUCAUCGGGAAUGGGAUCAUCGGGGUCAUCGGGAUUUGGGGCCAUUGGGGUCACUGGGAUCGGGAUCAUUGGGGUCACCGGGAACGGGAUCAUCGGGGUCAUCGGGAUCGGGACCAUUGGGGACCCCGUUGGGGACCCCGUAGGGGGACUCACUUUUAG